AUGGAGUAUGGAAUAUGGGACAGACGAAUGGAGUAUGGAAUAUGGGACAGACGAAUGGAGUAUGGAAUAUGGGACAAACGAAUGGAGUAUGGAAUAUGGGACCGACGAAUGGAGUAUGGAAUAUGGGACAGACGAAUGGGGUAUGGAAUAUGGGACAGACGAAUGGAGUAUGGAAUAUGGGACAAACGAAUGGAGUAUGGAAUAUGGGACCGACGAAUGGAGUCUGGAAUAUUGGACAGACGAAUGGAGUAUGGGACCGACGAAUGGAGUCUGGAAUAUGGGACAGACGCAUGGAGUAUGGGACCGACGAAUGGAGUCUGGAAUACGGGACCGAUGAAUGGAGUAUGGAAUAUGGGACCGACGAAUGGAGUAUGGAAUAUGGGACAGACGAAUGGAGUAUGGAAUAUAGGACAGACGAAUGGAGUAUGGGACAGACGAAUGGAGUCUGGAAUAUGGGACCGACGAAUGGAGUAUGGAAUAUGGGACAGACGAAUGGAGUAUGGAAUAUGGGACAGACGAAUGGAGUAUGGAAUAUGGGACAAACGAAUGGGGUAUGGAAUAUGGGACAGACGAAUGGAGUAUGGAAUAUAG